AUGGCCUCCUGGGUCGAGAGACGAGAGCGUAUCAAGCGGGCGUACCGUGAGCUGUCCGAGACGGAUGCCACAUGGGAGGCCUUUGAGAGGAUACUGAGCCGCAACGCAAGCAAGCCCUCGGUGAUGCGGAAUGCUCGCGGGGCCAUGGGCGCGCUGGCCCGCGCGCUCUCCGAGCUCGUCCUCAACGACGGAGGCAUCGACGCGACCCUCCGCUGGCUUACAGCGGCGCGCGAGCCGUCGACUGCCGCGUUCGUGCCUCUGAUUGAGGCGGCGGUGAGCUGCGGCGACGACGACGCGCUGCUCGCGGCUGGCGGGCUGAUGCGGAAGCGCGGCGUCCGCCCCGACGCCGCGCUCUACACCGCCCUCAUCCUCGGGCGACUGCGGCUCGGGCAGACCGAGCGCGCGCUGUCUGCCUGCGACAAGUGCCUCUCGGACGGUGUGGCAGCCCCUCGCGGCUACGCGGCCUCGCCGGCUGGGGCCGAGCCCGCAUGA